AUGAAAAGUCAAGACAAAAAUAACGAGAAAAUUCAUUUUGACAGGAAUAUAGGCGAAUCUUCAGAAUUCGAAAAUAUGGCAAUGGAUCUAGAAAUAGGAAAUGAAAUUGUAAUAGAAGAGUAUAUUAUAAACGAGACUGAAGAAACAACAUGUAUAUCAGAAUGCACUGAAAAGGUACAGAUAGUCAAUAUGAAUAAUAAUCUGCAGGAUGAUCGUAUUGCGGCAGCCUUAUUGGAAGAAAAUGAAACUUCGUCGGACGACGAAAACUUUGUGCCAUAUAGUGACGACGAAUCAGAUCACAUCAGCGUGGCUUCUGAAGUUCCAAGUGAUACGGACGUGGAAGAAGCCGAAAUCAACAUCGAACCAUAUUCAGACGACACGGCAUCAACACCUCAACCAUUUUAUCUCGGAAAAGAUGGAAGAACAAAGUGGUAUAAAUUGCCACCGCGAACAAUGUUCGGACAAGGGCCGAAAAUCUAA